UUAGAAAUGCGCGUUUUGUCCGGACGUGGCAACCCGACUAUCUCUCACAUGCGAACAUGGCGGACGACAAGGACCCUUUCAGGCAGCUGAAGGAUCUGACGCUGCUUAAAGGCCAGCUGGAUGACAUUCGGCGGCGAGUGGAGAGCGAGGUGCAGGAUGGAGUUCCUCAGGGUGGGAGUAUUCUGGGCUCUCCUUUCCUCAAAGGCUUCCUGGCUGGAUACGUCGUAGCGAAGCUGCGUUCGUCAGCCAUCAUGGGCGUGCUCGUGGGAACAAGCACUGGCAUCUACGCUGCACAGAACUAUAACAUGCCCAACGUCGCACAGACCAUCAAGGGCUAUCUCAGCUCAUUUCGGAAAAGCAAAUAGAUGCCGACCGGGGAAGAUUACGCAACCUCGAAUGCCUUUCCAGGAAGUUCUGUAUCCCAAAUAUCCAGUCAUCGUGUUUUAGAGCGACUUGCAAUUCUAAAGCACCUUUAAAAAGACGUUACUUGGUUGGCAGUAUGAAAGAAACAUACACUUAAAGCUCAGGGCUGUUUUUUCCUAAAUCGAUGUAACACGAUGAUCAAGCCGGUAUCACUUUCAGCACUUUCACUGAUAUUUAAGACAGUGAACUAAAUGUUAUGAAGCUUCACUGGAACCUGACUAGUAGAGAGGGUUUUUUUUUCUCCUUUUAUUCCCCCUAACAUUCCAGUCAGCUUCUGUUGAAAUUUGUACUGCAAACUGGUUGAAUUAUUCACAGCAUCUACUGUGUCUCCAGGGUGUAAUUACAGCACAGUCGGUGCUGAUUUGAGCCUCUGAGCGUAGCAGCAGACGGGGUGAUGUCCAGGCAUGUGAGUGCUGUGCACAAGCGUUACUACACUGAUGCUGGAAGCUCAUUUGCACAUUAUCCCUGCUGGUUGUAGAAAAAUGGAAGAACAUUAAACAGUUACAUAUACCAAAUAUGUUAUAAGGGUUCAAACCAGUGGACGUUGCCAUUCAUCAUGCAUCUCAUAUUCCUAGGCUAAAAGUAAGAACUCAUUUUACUGCUUUGCCAAGUUUUAAGCGUAUUCUUUUGAAUGACGCCUUGUUUUAAAAAUCUCGCCAAGCGUUUCUUUUCUGUUACAUCGUUUUCGUCGACUUUAUCGUUGCCUAUAAUUUCAUUUAGAGGUAAGAUAUUUUCAGGAGGCAUUUUGUUUACUUCAUGGCUGUUUCUUUAAUAAAACUGUUAAUGACUUUC